CGAAGGAGGCUCUGUGCAACUUUUGGGAGGAAUCAGGGUUAGCGAGACCUUAGAAGUUCACUGCUGCCAAGCGGGUACUGGCAACCCGGGUCCUCCAGCGUGAGCUAGAACGGACAUCUCUAUGGUCAAGUAACCCUAAAGUGGUACUUGUUUUCCUCACGUGGUGAAUUGCGCACGCGCAGUACCAGCACCGCAAAGAUGGCGGAACCUGAGCAAAGGAAAAAGAUCCCUUUGGUUCCAGAAAAUCUCCUGAAAAAGAGAAAAGCUUAUCAAGCCCUCAAGGCCACCCAAGCAAAGCAAGCACUUUUGGCAAGAAGAGAGCAGAGGAAAGAGAAAGGGCCCAGAUUUAAGCGACUGGAAUCGUUCUUAAAUGAUUCCUGGCGGCAGAAGCGUGACAUGGUACGUCUCAGACGACUUGAAGUGAAACCUCAUGCCUUGGAAAUGCCCGAUAAACAUUCAUUGGCCUUUGUUGUGCGCAUCAAAAGGAUUGAUGGGGUAAGUUCAGUGGUGCAGAAGACCAUCGCGAGACUGCGUCUGAAGAAAAUUUUCAGUGGCGUUUUUGUCAAAGUCACUCCUCAGAGCCUAAAGACACUGCGAAUAGUGGAACCUUAUGUGACCUGGGGAUUUCCAAACCUGAAAUCAGUCCGGGAACUCAUCUUGAAACGUGGGCAAGCCAAGGUCAAGAAUAAGACCAUUCCUCUAACCGACAACACAGUGAUUGAGGAGCAUCUAGGGAGGUUUGGCGUCAUUUGUUUAGAAGACCUCAUUCAUGAAAUUGCCUUCCCGGGGAAGUAUUUCCAAGAUAUCUCAUGUUUCUUGUGCCCUUUUCACCUUUCGGUGGCCCGUCAUGCCACCAAGAACCAAGUGGGCUUCCUCAAGGAGAUGGGCUCACCUGGCUAUCGGGGUGAACGCAUCAAUCAGCUCAUCCGCCAGCUGAACUAGGUCCAGAAUACCUGAAAGCACAGUGUGUUGGAAGGUGUGCUUUUGGCUUUUUGAAUUAUAUCUUCAAAGAAGAUUGUUGUCUGGUCCAAUUUCAGAAACUAGAAAGGAAGAGUCUUGAAACACAGUAG